GCCGUUGUGUUUGUUAUGACGCGUUUAUCGUUGUUCGUGAGGUUGCUCUUCAGAUUGACAGUUCGCGGUGGGUUUCGCAGGCAAAUAUCUGUAAGCAUGAUAAGACGAACUCAAAUAAAGAAAGUGCUUUGCGUUGCUGAGAAAAACGAUGCGGCUAAAGGGAUAGCAGAGAUUAUGUCAAAUGGCAGAUCAAGAAGAAGAGAAGGAUAUUCUGUCUACAACAAAAUAUACGAGUAUGAAUACAAUCUGUUUGGCCAAAAUGUAACUGUAAGCAUGACAUCAGUGUCAGGCCAUCUCUUGGCUCUUGAAUUCAAAGCCCCCUUUCAAAAAUGGCAUAGUUGUAAUCCAGUCCUGCUGUUUGACGCUGAGGUGGAGAAGUAUUGCCCUGAGAACUUUGUACCGAUCAAGAGGACUUUGGAGCGAGAGGUGAAACAAUGCCAAGCUUUAGUCAUUUGGACUGAUUGUGAUAGAGAAGGAGAGAAUAUUGGCUUUGAGGUUAUUGAUGUUUGCAAAGCAGUGAGGCCAAACAUUCAGGUUUUCCGUGCACGUUUCUCUGAGAUCACACCGAACUCCAUAAGGAGAGCUUGUGAGACACUUACUGAACCAGAUAUUAAUGUCAGUGACGCAGUGGAUGUGAGACAAGAGCUUGACCUACGCAUCGGGGCUUCGUUUACCAGGUUCCAGACGUUGCGAUUACAGAAAAUAUUUCCAGAAUCUCUCUCGGAUCAGCUCAUCAGUUAUGGAAGUUGCCAGUUUCCUACUCUCGGCUUUGUUGUGGAGCGGUUUAAAGCCAUUCAAGCCUUUGUCCCUGAAACCUUUUUCAGAAUCAAAGUUGUUCAUGAACCUAAUGAAGAGGAAUCUGUAGAAUUCAGCUGGAAGAGACAUAGACUUUUUAACCACACAGCAUGCCUUGUGCUGUAUCAGAUGUGCAUGGAGAAUCCCAUAGCGAAAGUGAUAUCUGUGACAAGUAAACCAAAAAGCAAAUGGCGACCUUUACCCCUUGACACAGUGGAACUUGAAAAACUAGCUUCAAGAAAAUUAAGGAUCAGUGCAAAAGACACCAUGAAAAUGGCAGAAAAGCUGUACACUCAAGGGUUUAUCAGUUAUCCUCGAACUGAGACCAACAUGUUUCCACAGAACCUGAAUCUUACUCCACUUGUUGAACAGCAGACACAAGAUUAUGAAUGGGGAAAUUUCGCUCAGCGCAUUUUGGACAGCGGUGGGCCCACACCUCGAAAUGGAAACAAAUCAGAUCAGGCCCAUCCCCCCAUUCACCCCACCAAAUACACCAACACCUUACAGGGAAAUGAGAAACGAUUGUAUGAGUUCAUUGUGCGUCACUUCCUGGCCUGUUGCUCCAAAGAUGCUCAGGGUCAAGAGGUGAUUGUUGAAAUUGAAAUAGCGGAAGAGAGAUUCUCGGCUAGUGGACUCACCAUCAUUGCACGAAAUUAUCUGGAGGUUUAUCCCUAUGACAAGUGGUACAAUAAGGUUAUUCCUUUAUAUACACCUGAUACAACAUUUCAGCCCAGCGCAAUUGAGAUGGUGGAAGGACAGACGAGUCCUCCACAGCUUCUGACAGAGGCGGAUUUGAUAUCCCUCAUGGAAAAGCAUGGCAUUGGUACUGAUGCAACACAUGCUGAGCACAUUGAGACCAUAAAGAGCCGCACGUAUGUCGGACUGACAGCUGACCAGAGGUUCCUUCCUGGAGAGCUCGGCAUGGGUCUCGUCGAAGGGUACAACUCUAUGGGGUAUGAGAUGUCUAAGCCAGACUUGAGAGCAGAACUGGAGGCAGAUCUUAAACUGGUCUCAGAGGGCCGAAAGGACAAAGCUUCUGUCCUCAGUUAUCACGUGGCAAAAUACAAGGCUGUUUUUAUUGAGUCUGUGAGGAAGGCAAAGAAAUUGGAUGAAGCUCUGUCCAAUUACUUGGGUCCAGCUCAAGAGUUUACAGAACAAGAGCAAGACCAGCUGGAAAUACCGUUACCAGUGCGAAAGUGUCCUCAGUGUAACCGUGACAUGGUGUUGAAGAAAAAAAAAGACAGCAAUGGAAUGUUUCUUUCAUGUAUGGGCUAUCCUGCCUGUAAAGCGGCCGUGUGGUUUCCAGAUACAGUAUUGGAGGUCAGCAGAGACGAAAGCGUCUGUCAAACGUGCCGUCCACAUCCUGUGCAUAUGCUAAAGUUUAAAUUCAAGAGGGGAAGUCUGCCACCCAUGAUGCCCCUUGAAUUUGUGGGAUGUAUCGGAGGAUGCGAUGAGACUCUGAGAGAGGUCUUAAAUUUAAAGUAUCUCAGAGGGGGAGAAGGAGAUUCGAUCUCUCGAACCAACAACAACUCGACCUCCCGUCAGCCUUAUGUACAGAGAACCAACUCGGCACCUCCGUCCAGAUCGGAGAACGCAUCCAGACCCAGACCUGACACCAACAGGCCACCAGCCAGUCUGCCACCUCCGAUACCCCCAGCUUUAGCUCAGGGUGGUGCUAUUGUGUGUAACUGUGGCCUGGAUGCAGUUCUUCUCACCGUUCGCAAAGAUGGUCCCAAUCAAGGUCGACAGUUUUACAAGUGUAACACGGGGGAUUGUAAGUUCUUUCUAUGGGCCGAUCAACCCGCCGAGCAGGGAGUGCCAGGAGGAAGCAGAGGGCCUUUAAGUCAGACUUCACAACCUCCCAGGCCCUCAGUGGGUUUUGGAAACAUACCUCAACAAAGGCAAAACAACAGAGGAUCUGGAAGCAAUGAAGGUGAAACUAUGUGUAACUGUAAUGAACCUGCUGUUACCAGGACUGUCAUGAAGGAUGGUCCAAACAAAGGACGAAUGUUUCACACUUGUGGAAAACCACGCGAUCAGCAGUGUGGGUUCUUCCAGUGGGCGAACGAAAAUGUUGCACCAGCCACAGAUUUUCCUGAAGGAAAUAAUGGUAGACAUGGUGGGACUAAAAAGACCACCACAGCCUCAACCAAACCUCCUGCUGCCAAACGUCAAAGAACCUGUGGUCUCUGUCAUGAACCGGGUCACACUCGGGUCACCUGUCCUCAGGGUCGGUGAAAAAGUGGUAGAAAAUAGCAGCAAUUUUUGUAAUAUUUGUACAAAAUGAAAUUGUCUUGAAAGACACAAUGCUUGUAUAUAGAAUUAAAAAUAUUAACUAGUGUAAAAUAAAUUCAACAAUACAUUAAUAUUGUGUU